AACCUAUAAUAAAUAUCACUUUUGUCUUUGCGUAUUGAUUUGAGUUUUUUGAUUAUUCUCUUUCCUUUUGUUGCUCUUUCAGUUCACAGAUCAAAACCCUCCACACUUUCAAGAAGGUUAGAAUCUUAUUUUGUUGAUUGAGCUAUGAGCUGCUUCAGUUGUUGUGAUGAUGAUGAUAUGCACAGAGCUGCUGAUAAUGGGCCAUUCAUGGCACACAAUUCAGCAGGCAACAAUGGAGGUCAGCAUGCCACAGAAAGUGCACAAAGAGAGACACAGACUGUGAAUAUCCAGCCCAUUGCUGUCCCUUCCAUUGCUGUUGAUGAGUUAAAGGAUAUCACUGACAACUUUGGUUCAAAAGCAUUGAUAGGCGAGGGAUCAUAUGGAAGGGUAUACCAUGGUGUCUUGAAAAGUGGACGUGCUGCAGCCAUUAAAAAAUUAGACUCGAGUAAGCAGCCUGAUCGAGAAUUUUUAGCUCAGGUCUCAAUGGUCUCAAGACUAAAAGAUGAUAAUGUGGUUGAAUUACUCGGUUAUUGUGUGGAUGGCGGUUUUCGUGUGCUAGCCUAUGAGUAUGCCCCGAAUGGAUCUCUUCAUGACAUCCUUCAUGGAAGAAAAGGUGUGAAAGGUGCACAGCCAGGUCCAGUAUUGUCAUGGGCUCAACGAGUUAAAAUUGCGGUUGGGGCUGCAAAAGGACUGGAGUACUUGCAUGAAAAAGCGCAGCCUCAUAUCAUUCAUCGUGAUAUUAAGUCUAGCAACAUUUUACUCUUUGAUGAUGAUGUUGCUAAGAUCGCAGAUUUUGAUUUAUCGAAUCAAGCCCCUGAUAUGGCAGCACGUCUUCAUUCCACACGUGUUCUUGGGACCUUUGGUUAUCAUGCACCAGAAUAUGCAAUGACUGGUCAGUUGAGUUCAAAGAGUGAUGUUUAUAGCUUUGGCGUUGUGCUCCUGGAACUACUUACUGGCCGUAAACCUGUUGACCAUACAUUGCCACGUGGGCAACAAAGUCUUGUAACUUGGGCAACACCAAGACUUAGUGAAGAUAAAGUGAAGCAGUGUGUUGAUGCUAGACUAAAUACAGAUUACCCUCCGAAGGCAAUUGCAAAGAUGGCUGCAGUUGCUGCCUUGUGUGUGCAAUAUGAAGCUGACUUCCGGCCAAACAUGAGCAUUGUUGUAAAGGCUCUGCAGCCUCUGUUGCCUCGACCUGUACCAAGUUAAACAUCAAGCUUGUGAAUUUUCUCCUUACCCCUGCCUUUACGUCAUGAAAUGAGAAAGAUUGAUAUUGACAUUGACAUUGACAUUGGUACGAGUCACAAGAGGAUCGUGUAUACGUGAUACUGGUGCUCACCUGGACAACUACUCCACAACAAUGUCACCUCCACCCCCCUUUUUUUUCUUCCUGUCGAUUGAAUGCCAAAGAAAUUGUAUAUUCGCUGUAAUGGAAAUUGCUUUGCAGAUUGAUUUUCAUGGAUUUGUGUUGAGAUUUUGAAAUUCUACCAAGCCACAGUUAUAUUAGUAGAUUGUAGAAGUUGUAGUUUUUGUUGUUACUGCUUUCAUUUCCAUAUUCCCUUUUUCAAAUUGUA